CCAGAUCUCUCUUUUUAUUUGUUUAUUCUGGAUCCCAGUACAGACCUUAUCUAUUGUGCAUUUGGCAUUCAGUGGAGUCUGAUGGCAUGCAACUGUAGAAGUGCAUGUGGAUUAUUUUAUUAUCAUUUGUAGCUGCUAUCAUCUCUCCAUCCACGCCGAGCCCGGUGUUGUUAGAGUGUUAGAGUGGGGGGUGAUGAUGGUGGAGAUUGAUGAACAGAGGGACAGCGGUGGCGGCGGUGGCGCAGCGAUGGCCGCUCUACACCAGUGUGAACUGAUCCAAAACAUGAUCGACAUCUCCAUCUCCAGUUUACAAGGGCUUCGAACCAAAUGUGCUGUGUCCAACGAUCUCACGCAGCAAGAGAUCCGCACUUUAGAGGUGAAGCUCAUGAAGUACAUCUGUAAACAAUUGCAGUGUAAGCAGAAGGUGCCAGACACAGAGCGGCCAGCUUCCCUGGACAGUUACCCACGGCUGGAGGACUGGUUACGCAUUAUCAGCAUCAGACCUGAGCUCAUAGAGGCAGUGAACGUGAAGCUGUCAUUGGACUCUCUGCUGCACAUGCCCAGCAGUCAGGUGCAGGAAACCAUGAGAAGGCUGGGCUCAAGUUCAGAUGAGUGUACCAGGCUGUGUGCUGCUCUGAACUGUUUAAAAAGUGCCUCUGAGUCAGGGGAGUUUAAAGAGGACAGCGGUUGUUGGUUCUCUGAGCCUACGAGACGAGACAGUGGCGGCUUGACUCCAGUGGAUCAGAUUCCCUUACUGGGAGGUUCUUUGCGACCACACAGUCCUUCUCCUCUGGUCCGGCCCCCGACCAUGCCCUCCACACCCCUCACCACCUGCCUGUAUCCCCGCUACAUCCUGUCACCCGGCGAGAUUCAUAUCUCCCACGGUUACGCAGAGAGUCUCACCGACCCCAGCCCGUACUACACGUCUCGGCCUGUUCGACUUCAUGGACACACCUCGACUCCACCCAUUACUCCACCCUCUAGGAGGAGACACCGCCUCAAGCCUCCCUGCACCCCUCCUCCACCCUCCCGCAAAGUUCUACUUCUUCUUCCCAACAUCACGAUGACCCGCAGCAAGAGCCACGAGAGCCAGCUUGGCAACCGCAUUGAGGACACACCCACAAACAAGUGUGUGAAAAAGAACAAGCUGUUCCUGAACGUCCAGAUUAAUGGAAAUGGCUGUGAGGACUCUCUGUCACGCUCUCCCACUCUCUCUGCACGAACCCCUGGGCCGGCACCCGCCACAGCCCCUUACACCCUGCCGGGCACCCCUACAUUUCAGGAGGAGCACAGCGGACUGAGGAAUAAUGUUACAAUCCACCGCAGUUCACCUCAGGCUCUGCGGAGAGACAUCGGUCUGGCUGUCACUCACAGGUUCUCCACAAAGUCAUGGCUCUCCCAGACAUGUCAGGUGUGCCAGAAAAACAUGAUCUUUGGGGUGAAAUGUAAACACUGCAGGUUAAAGUGUCAUAACAAAUGCACUAAAGAAGCUCCCUCCUGCAGAAUCUCAUUCCUGCCAAUCACAAAAAUUCGUAGGACUGAGUCUGUACCCUCGGACAUCAACAAUCCUGUGGACCAUCCACCAGAGGCGCCGCAGUUUGGAACGCUACCAAAGGCAUUAACAAAGAAGGAUCAACCACCAGCACUGAAUCAACUGGACUCCAGCAGUAAUCCAUCCUCCACCACAUCCUCUACACCUUCCUCUCCCGCCCCUUUCCAGCAGAGUAACCCCCCUAGUGUAACUCCGCCCCCAAACCCCUCCCCAAAGGGACACCGUGACAACCGUUUCCACUUUCCAGCUGCCUGUUAUUUCCAGCACAGACAGCAGUUUAUCUUCCCUGAUGUGUGCAGUUCAAGCCUCCUUCAUUCUGAUGGACUCCCAGACACAGUCAAUGAGAUCGACCCAUCUGUGGAGGAAAUGCAUGCAGAACAGGAUGUGGAAGAAGAUAGAGAGGAGCUAGAGGAGGAGGAAGAGGAGGAAAUAGAGGCAGAAGAGGAAGAAGACGUAGCAGUGGAUGAGGAAGAUGAAGAGGAAGAUCUUGAGGAGGAAGAGGAUAUAGAAGAACUGAAUGCCAGCUCAGAGGGAGAAUGUGAAGGAGAUGAGCUAGAUGAUCUGCCCAGCACGCGUGGAGGUUCCCAUUGGAAAGGACCGAUCUCCCGUAAGGCCAGUCAGACCAGCGUGUACCUGCAGGAGUGGGACAUUCCCUUCGAGCAACUUGACCUGGGAGAACUUAUCGGUAAGGGCCGCUGGGGUCGGGUUCAUCGUGGCCGCUGGCACGGAGAGGUGGCCAUCCGACUAUUGGAGAUUGAUGGAAACAAUCAGGACCAUCUGAAGCUUUUUAAGAAGGAGGUUAUGAACUACAGACAGACACGUCAUGAGAAUGUCGUCCUCUUCAUGGGAGCAUGCAUGGCUCCUCCUCAUCUCGCCAUCAUCACUAGUUUCUGCAAAGGCCGGACAUUGUACUCUGUUGUCAGGGACACAAAAAACACACUGGACAUCAAUAAGACUCGACAGAUCGCACAGGAGAUUGUUAAGGGUAUGGGCUACCUUCAUGCUAAGGGCAUUGUUCACAAGGACCUGAAGUCUAAAAAUGUCUUUCAUGACACAAACAAAGUAGUCAUCACGGAUUUUGGCCUGUUUGGAAUCUCUGGAGUGGUUCAGGAGGGAAGACGAGAAAAUGAACUGAAACUUCCUCAUGGGUGGAUCUGUUAUCUGGCUCCAGAAAUCGUACGCAAGAUGAGUCCUGGAAACAACGAGGACCAACUUCCGUUUUCUAAUGCUGCUGAUGUUUAUGCCUUUGGCACCAUCUGGUAUGAGCUGCAGGCACGAGACUGGCCCAUCACCAGUCAGCCUGUAGAGGCUACCAUCUGGCAGGUGGGCAGUGGAGAGGGCAUCAGGAGGGUGCUGGAAGAGAUCAACCUGGGUAAAGAGGUCACGGAGAUUCUGUCUGCCUGCUGGUCAUAUGAAGCCCACAAUCGACCCACUUUCACCCAGGUGGCUGACAUGCUGGAGAAACUGCCCAAACUCAACCGACGACUGUCUCACCCUGGGCACUUCUGGAAGUCUGCAGAGUUGUAGCUGUGUGCCUGAAACAUGUGCAGUGCAAAACAUACAAACCCUGGCUCUGCCUUGCAUGCCUGCCCUCCUCUGGACUUACAAACUAACCAUCACCUGCUCUUCCAUCUCUGACUUUCUAUGGGUCUCUGGGGGGUGGUGGUGGUGGUGGGGUGGGGGACUAUUGUGGUGAUGCGUUAAAUAAAACGCUUUGCCUUGAUUAUUCUUUAAUGAUUUCCUUUACUGGAGUGUGCGGCUGGUUCUCUCUUCCCCUCCUGCUCCAUUUUGUGCGGUCACAUGAUGCAUUUCCUGUUGGAUUCGCAGGAUUCAAUGACACUAAGGUGAAGAUGUAUGCCAAGCUCCUCUGCUUUUCCUCUUUUUCUCCUUUUCUCUCCCUCUUUCGUGGUCUUGGUGCCUCUUAGUCUUGCGUGACAUAAGCUGAUUCUGUCUCUGACUGGACCGUCCGGUUCAUGCUGACACACCUAUGGUUGUCACUUCCUCCACAGUGUCCGAUAGUAGAUGUUUUCAUUUCACAAAUGAUAAUGUUCUCAAUGGAGAUUUAUUUAGCUGUGAGGGUCUUUUUAAUAUGGUCAGCCCUUAAAACAGAAAGCUUUCUGAACAUUUAAGGGAGUUUACUCAAAAAUGAAAAUUCAGUCAUCAUAUACUCAGCCUUGGAAGGAAGAAAUUCAUACAGGUUUGGAAUGAGGGUGAGGAAAAUCAUGACAGAAUGUUCAUUUCUGGGUGUACUUUGGACAACUUUGCCCUUUUAGGGUUAUAAUAUCUGAUACAGACUGCAAAUAUGAGUCAAAGAGAAGUAUGUGUCUUCUCACCUGACUAUAGGUCCUUUUUAUAUCAAGGAUGUUAAAAGCAGAUCGCUUUGCACGAAUUAUAUAGAGCGCUAGAUGAACUCAGCAGAGCAUUGUUCCAUAAGUUGUGUAAACACGAACUCUUAUGUGUGUUUGUGCGUAAUGUUUGUAAUGUUUUGUAUGUGGACGGGUGUGUGUUUGUUCUGUGAAAGACUGGAUUUUGUGGUUUGGAAAUAUCUAUGACAAGUACAUUUUUUAUGUAUAAAUAUGGUUUAUUUAUUGUACAGUCAAUGAACAGAAUUCUUUUAAUAUUUAUAUGGACAUUUUAUAUAUAUCUAUAUGUAUAUAUAUAAUGUAUAUCAUGACAUUUUUUUAAUAGGUAUUGCUGUCCUAUCCCAGAUGUAAAUAUUCUUUAUAUUUUUUCAUGUAACCAAAAAGAAAAAACUGUAAAAAGAAUGGGUCGAUACAUGUUCUGUACAGUCAUAUUUUUGUAUUGCAUGUGGCUACUGUACACAUUGUCUGUUCUCAUUCUUGAAAGACAAUAAAA